GUGGCUCCGGGCCGGCCAAGCGGCGGGAGCGGCGGGGCCGGGGCGUAGGGCCGGACUCCAGUGCGAGCGGCCGGCACCGGACCCGCCGCAGCCAUGGACGGGCUGCGCCAGCGCUUCGAGACUCUUCUGGAGCGGAGGAAUCUGGCCACCGACACCCUAAGGGCGCUCGAAGCCAGGACCGGAGUCGACCGGCGGUAUCUGGCUGCAGGAGCCGUCACAUUUUUAAGCCUGUAUCUUCUGUUCGGUUACGGGGCAUCUCUACUCUGCAACCUGAUCGGCUUUGUGUACCCCGCAUAUGCCUCCAUCAAGGCCAUCGAGAGUCCGGACAGGGAGGACGACACUGUGUGGCUCACCUACUGGGUGGUGUACGGUCUGCUGGGCCUUGUCGAGUUCUUCAGCGACCUACUCCUGUCCUGGUUCCCUUUCUACUACGCGGGCAAGUGCGCCUUCCUGUUGUUCUGCAUGAUUCCCGGGCCGUGGAAUGGUGCUCAUCUUUUGUACCACCGCGUCAUACUCCCACUCUUCCAAAAGCAUCACGCCACGGUGGACAGCGUAAUCGGCGAGUUCAGCGGCAAAGCGCUGGACAUGGCAACAGGAAUAGCUCGGGACGCCCAGGCAAGUCUGACCCAGCUUCAGAAGGACAAGUGAAGGCUCCACCCACCUCAGGCCCAGACAUGCCAGCCAACACCGUGAUGGAGCCCAAGGACUUGUCCCACCCCAAGUGGGACCCCAAGACCCCCUGGG